UGAAACUACAACAUAGAACUCAGAUCAAGCUACUGUAAGGUAAGCUAGGGGACAUUCAGUUAAUUUAUUCCAAAUGAAAUUAUGUAAAUAUAAUAGAGAAAAUGUAUGUUCAUAAUAUAUUUAAAAAGUAGGUACAUUACAUUGCUGUGAAUUGCAAUAUGCGCCGCUGUGCAUCCGUUUCUCCCCACGUAAAUGAUGAAUGCCGAUCAAAAACUAUGGUCGGGAUUGGAAGAGACAACAAGAGUCCGAUGAUAAGAAGCUUCCUCAAAAAAGAGAUGAAGCAUUUGCAUCACUUUCAGCUGUAUUCUCCAGUGAUCAUGGACAAACCAGUGUGCUUGAUUGACAUGGGGUCAGAUGGGAAGCUGUGUGUGCAGCAGUCAGCGCUUCAGAUCCUUCAGCAGAUCCAGCAGCCGGUGGUGGUGGUGGCUGUGGUGGGUCUCUACCGCACCGGGAAGUCCUACCUGAUGAAUCGGCUUGCAGGAAAACAAACAGGGUUUGCGUUGGGCAGCACAGUCGAGUCCAAAACAAAGGGCAUCUGGAUGUGGUGUGUGCCUCACCCCACUAAAGCAGGAACCACUCUGGUGCUGCUGGACACUGAGGGACUCGGAGACGUGGACAAGGGAGACCCAAAGCAUGACACCAACAUCUUCUGUCUGGCUGUGUUACUGAGCAGCACUCUGGUCUACAACAGUCGAGGGACGAUUGACAACAAGGCUAUAAUGGAUCUGCAGUAUCCUUCUGACCAUUUACAAAUACCUAUAUAGAGGAUUUGUGAUACGCAGUGAAGCGAUGCAACUGACACUGGUAGGUCAUGUGAUAAUGACAACUUUCAGGUUUUUUUGUUUGUUUGUUUAUUUAUUUGCUGCUUCUUUUUUGGCUCACCAUUUAUUUGAUUAAUUGAUGUGUAUUUCCAAAUGGUAUACCUGUAUUAUAUUAUGUCAAAGGUUCAGAUUUAUCUAAAUAGGGAAGGGGUACACAUUGCUUUACUUGAGCACCAAUCAGAACAAUUUAUUUAAUGACCAGGAACAUUCUAAAUUGUCCCAGGAGGAAUUUGGUCAAGUUUUAAUCAUCCUUUAUGUAACGAGACGGGACUCAGGCAGGGAUCCAUAUGCAAAUUUUUAUUAAGGAACAAACAGGAACAGCAAGGGACAGGCAGAGUUGUAGUCAGGAUACAGGCAAUGAUCGGGACAGGCAGAUAUCACUCACAGAACAGAAAACCAGGCUAGGGUCGAAGGCAGGCAGCAACAGGUCGAUAACGGGUAACAGACAGUCAGACAGGAUAAUAAUGCUUCGAAUCGUACACAAUGUGAAACAAGACUUCGCAAUGAGGUGGUGUGUGUGUGUGAGUCUUUUAUAGUCCAGGUACUGUGCUUAGCUGUAUUUGGCAAUGGGUGAUUGGUGUGGAGUGUGUGCAUGUGACUGGCAUGUGACUGGCAGGGAGGAUUAUAGGAAGUGUAGUCCAGGAACUGACAGUGAUCGUGACACUUUACUUCAAUGAGUAGAGGUGUAGUAAUUUUAAUCAAGAAACAAUUGCAAUUUUAAUCUAUAGAUGUCAUUAACUCCCUCGGGUCGGCGGUCACGCCGGCGUGAUCACCGCGGUUUUUUUCUAACCAGUGUGAAAGAGACUCAAAAUACUCCGUCAAUGUUGCACAU